AUGUCCACCGCCAAAAGGCAGAAUCUUUUUCCGAAUCAACAAGCCUCUAAGCGAGCGAGACUGUUAUCCCCUCCCGACCAGCUUCAGCCUCCCAAUGUGGCCCACGAAGCUUAUCCGAUCACACCAAUCUCCGAUAGCGGUGCCGAUUCUGCCCAGCCUAACACUCCUAUCCAACCUUCUGCCUUACGCCGAGACGGCCGAUACUACUGUUUUGGAACGCUUUGCGAAGUCAAAGUCCGCAUGCUUAAGGAUGAAAAAGCGCUCGAGGAGGCAUGCAUUCCUGCUACCGACGGCUGGAUGCAAUUGAGGCUUACCCAUAAAAAGAACCAUCUCUUGCAAGACUCGAAUGGGCUCGAUCUUGCCGUUUUGAACCAGAGGACGGCGGAUGCUCUGCAAGCCCUUGAUGGCAUGGGAGCCAUCCGCUACGAAGCCUACGUCACCGUCCAGUACUGGGCUGCACAGAUUAGAGCUGCGAAAAGGACUGCCAAGAACACUGUCGUCGAUAUUGAAGUCAAUGUCAGUGGGCCACUCGAGAGUGGUGAUGAGGUAGGUCGGGUCUUGUCAAGAGCAGGACUGUUCUUGCAGCCUCCCUCUGUGCUUCUCCCCGGUACAGCAUAUCAGAACCCGCAUGUCAUAUACCUUCCAGGUAUCCAGGAAUCGUCUCUUGAUUCUGCAAUACCGGCCGCACCGAGACUGGCCGACCUGAAUGCUGGUAAACUUGAUAUUCAGGCAGUCCUAGGCUGCCUUGACCAGAGUGAAGACCUGGCGCCUACCGCAGUGGAUGAACGAAUGGUUACGACCAAACUUCACGAACAUCAAAAAGGAGCGGUGAGCUUUAUUAUCCAACGGGAAGCAAAAAUAACCCCGUCGGCCUUUUCUCUCUGGAAGCCUUACGAGGGCAGUCCCCGGCAACCUUGCUAUCGUCAUACCGUGCUCGACAUCAAGAAGCAACACCCGCCAAAGGAAAAUUUCGGAGGCAUUGUUGCGGACGAAAUGGGCCUGGGGAAGACGCUCUCCAUGUUGGCAGCCAUAGGCAUCACUGCUGAAUCGGCAAAACAUUUUUCAAAGGGUCUCACUGGCGAUCCAAUGCAAAUGAAGACGAAGGCGACGUUGGUCAUUGUCCCCUCUGCUUUGAUUCUCCAAAAUUGGGCAUCGGAAAUAAAAGAUACAUUCCAGUACCUGAAAUAUCACGGUCCCCGUCGUCCGAGGGAUCAGAAGGCAGUGUUGGACAAGAACGUGGUGCUUACAACCUACGAAACCGUAUCCGCCGACUUUGUCCGAGGGGACAGUCCUCUUUAUCAGGUGGCAUGGUUCCGCGUUGUUCUUGAUGAGGCACACUACAUUUGCGGCCAGCAAACAAAACGAUUCUGUGCAGCCUCGGCUCUACAGGCCCAACACCGUUGGUGCCUGACUGGCACCCCGAUUCAGAACCGUCUCGAUGAUCUGUCCGCCCUGAUCCGCUUUUUAAAGGUUCCUUACCUAGACAAUGCUUCCAGCUUCAACAACUACAUAUCUAGGCCCAUCGAACAGAACGAUACCCGUGGGGUAGUGCGGCUUCGGUCACUGCUGAAAAGUGUUUGUCUACGAAGAACGACCGAACUGCUUACCGUUCCGGAGCCUACGAUCUACUCACGGCGUCUUGAUUUCACAGAAGCGGAGCGCGACGCAUACAACCAGGUGGCGAUUUCCUACAAGAAAGAAAUGGAUGAGGUCGUCAGUGGGAAUAGAAAAGGAAACUCACAACUGGGUCUCUGCCAAGCCAUCCUCCGACUCCGACGGUUCUGCAACAACGGCUCUUCACUCCUUCGAAUGUCGGGUUCUGCAACUCAGGCUGCCGAAGACAUGCUCAGCUAUAUGCAACAAGCCGGAGAAGUAGCUUGUGCAAGUUGCUCGAGGGAGCUUCAAACAAUUGACGAUACAGAGGACUCGGACUCUGGCGUCCUCGCUGCUUGUUCACACCUCCUUUGCUCUGUAUGCAUCCGCCAGACUCAGCUGAAUCAUACCGAUAGCGGGUUGCAGUGUCCGAUUUGCAGAGCUCCGACGCAACAGCUUGAUCUAAGGCUGGAUAGUGUCGAUCAACAGACAUCUCCAGCCCUUAGCGAAGGCAACUCGUACAACACGAAGCUUGUUGCCUUGUACCACGACAUCUCCCAAUAUAAGCAAUCGGAGAAAGGCAUCGUUUUCACCGCAUGGAGAGACACGAUUUCAGUAAUCUCUUCCCUCCUCCGAACGAGGAAGAUCGACCACUGCGUUGUGCAAGGCUCCAUGACAAUCGCCGAAAGAAAGAUGUCACUUGACAAAUUCCAGUCCGACCCGAAUUGUACGAUCUUGCUCAUGACAUUCGGAACCGGAUCCGCAGGCUUGAACUUAACGGCAGCGAGCCGCAUCCAUAUCUUUGAGCCACAGUGGAAUCCCUCGAUUGAGAGCCAGGCCAUCGGCCGUGCCGUUCGGCUCGGUCAAAAGAAUCGUGUCACGGUGGUCAGGUAUAUCAUGAAAAACACAGUUGAGGAGUACAUGGAAAACACUCAGACAAGGAAGGCGCAGAUGGCGAGCAUUGGUUGGGAUGCGGAAAAGGAGGAGGGAGCUGGUGGGAAACUGAAGCUAGUCGCGAAGAUGGUGUUCAAUACGGAGAUGCCUCCUGAUGUCGAGAUGACUUGA